CAUAAUCUCCUCUCCGUUAUGCUCCCCCGAUUCUUCCUCUCCCUCUUAAUUUUCGCCCUCUGUGAUGCUUCGCUUAUAAGAAUACCCUUGACUCCUUUUCGGGCGGUUCGCCGAACUCUAGAAGAGUCUUCCGUUUCCAUUAGUAAAAUUCGUCAACGAUGGGCCAAAUUUGACUUGCACGAUGGAAGGCCACAGCCACUCAUUAACUAUCUUGAUGCACAAUAUUAUGGCCCUAUUACAAUAGGGACACCCCCACAAGAUUUCAAUGUUGUUUUCGACACCGGAUCCUCCAACCUAUGGGUUCCUUCAAAAAAGUGCAAAUGGACCGAUAUUGCAUGCCUUCUUCACAACAAGUAUGAUAGCACGAAAUCAUCCACUUACAAGAAAGAUGGCCGCAGUUUUUCCAUAAGAUACGGAACUGGGAGUCUUACUGGUUUUCUUUCGAAUGAUACUGUUUCUGUUAGUACACUUGCUGGAUACGAUGUCUCUUCGCAAACUUUUGCAGAAGCUACAAGUCAGCCUGGCCUCGUUUUUAUCCUGGCUGCGUUUGACGGCAUUCUAGGUCUAGGUUAUCCUCAGAUUUCUGUAAUGAAUGUCACCCCAGUUUUUGAUAAUAUGGUCAAUCAAGGCCUGAUUGAUGAUCCUGUAUUUGCCUUUUAUCUUGACCGCAAUGUUUCUGAUCCAAUCGGUGGCGAACUUAUGAUUGGCGGAACAGAUCCCGCCUAUUAUGAGGGUGAUGUCUUUUAUAUUCCUGUGGUUGAUAAAGGCUACUGGCAAGUCUCUAUGGACGGGUAUGUCUAUUAA